UUUCCAACGAGUAAAGUUUCUUUCGUUCGCUGAUUCUGUUACGUACAAUAAUAAACAAGGAAUCAAUAAUACUAUCAGUCUAGGCAACUCGUUAAUCGCUGACGCAAUCAUUCGGCUUCGCAUACUAUCUACACGAAAACGAUUGCACGAGAAAGCAAUCCGAAUAAAGGAAGUGAAAUACAAGCUGUUUUGUAAAAUAUAAUCCAAAAAAUCGAUAAUCCGGUGAACGAGUGUAGAAGUGAUGAAUAAUAACAGGGACGCCGACGAAUCCAAAAUGAUGGACGAUUACAAGGAUUUGGCCGAAUAUCUUUCCAAGGAUCAACCCACGACGAACGUCUUGUAUUACCUCCACGCGGCUGAGAUCCUGCACGACCAAGAUCGCCUCCGAUGGAUGCUCAAACGAGCCCUGUCGAAAAAAAAUAUCUGCGUGGUCCGAAAUUUGGCCAAGCUGCGGCUGCCGUGUCUGUACCACGUCGACGAGGAAAAAAAGGCGAUCGAGGCGGCCUUCGACGCCAACUUCCCCGCGGCCUGCGAGGUGUUCUUCGCUCACUUCGACAUCGAAAGAUCGACCCCGGCCGACGUGGAGACUCACUACAUGUUGGCCCUCGAGCUGGGCCACUUGGAGACGGUGCGGAGAUUCUUGGAGCACGAGCCUCGGCUCGAGAUGAGCUCUCUGGUGUCUCCGGUGAGGAUCGCAGUGAAAAAUUUCCACGCCGAGCUGCUGGAACUGCUGCUGAAGCACAACUGCCCGGUGGAUUAUCGCGACCCCGCGACGGGCUGCUGGCUCUUGCACACGAUAUGUCGGCAGCUCGCCGGCGACGUGGAGCCGAAAAAAUUCCAGCCGAUGUUGAAAACUCUGAGAGUCUUGCUGACGAACGAGUGGAUGGCUCGGCACGUGCUGAUGGUGAGAUGUCACUCGGGGAUGACGCCGAUACUGCAUCUACUCGACCGGCGCGACAUAAAGCACAAGGAGACGCUGGGCAAUCAGCUGCUGGCGCUGAAGGAACUCGUGCGAGCCAACAAGGCCGUCGUGAGGCACCGACACAACGUCACCCACGAGACGGCGCUGCACUACGCCUGCGACGAGUCGCGAUUCGCCUACUUCCCGAAGAACGAGGAGGGCGCCGAGAUCGUGAAGUAUCUGCUGCGCCACGGCGCCAAUCCCAACGCCCUGGACCAGUACAACAAGAGCCCGCUCGAGGACGCCUGCUGCAGUCUGAAUCCGCGCACGGUCAAGGCUCUGCUACGAGCCGGGGCUCGGACGUAUCCGGAACUCGGCCGGCUGCGAUUCCAAUUCGGGUACUUCAGCGGACAACGGAGGUCAGGACGGUUGCUGCCAACGUGGGAGGUGACGCAGAAUAUCAUGUCUAUAGUCGAGAUGCUGACGAAGGAGGCGGAUUACCGAUUGGAAGGACCGGAGUACCUCUCGACGUUGGGCUUCCUGAACGACUGGGAUCUCGAGAUCGAGGACGAGGAUUUACACGAUCCUGCGACGAAAGCCAACGUCUGGGCAUUGCUACUUUCUGGUCCCCCCGAAAGCAUCUACAAAUUUUUCAUUAGACACUGGCCGAAUACGGAAAUCGACCCCUCCUGGGAGCAGUUCUUACAUCCGAUCCUAGGCGAGUAUCGCGCGAUGUUGAGCCUCGGCGUUUACCAAGACACAGAGCUCAAGACGUUUUACGACAAUCUGGUGUCGGAAACGCUAGAUAUGUACGAAGAAUCUACAUUCGCGACGAGCGAAGAAUUCUCCGAGCGACUCAAGCACGAGUGGGACUUGGCCGGGCGGACGCCACUAGUCGCGGGGGUGACGGUUCGUCACAUCGUCAGCAGCCGACCCGAUAGACUGAAGGAGUCGCUGCUGCUGCUGUCGCCGAGCCGCACCUGGCGCAAGACCCUCUGGUCGGUCCAGUUCAAGGAGAAAUUUCCGAUACUGCACAAGGUCGUGCUGGGUCAGAUCAAUCGAUGCGCCAUCGCGGACUACACGAGGUCCGGCGCCGUGCAGGUGCUGCUGAGGAUGACGGGAGACUCGCUGCCGAUACUGGCCGGCGAAAUGAUCGUCGAGAAGCUCGGACUUGAGGACAUGCUGAACUUGUGCGCGGCGCAGUCGCUGCCGGCGAAUAGCGCCGCAAGGAGUCCGAGGGACUACGAGUACGAGCAGUUCGUGCAGUUGCUGGACCUCAUGGACAUGGAGCCGAAAUUUUGAAGGCGGCAUUUUAUUGAAGUAUUGAAUGACAACGAAAUUAUACAUGAUUUAUUGAAUAUUGUUUAUAUCUAAUCUAUUAUGAGAAGAAUAGUUCUCCUUAUAUAAGUAUACAUGAAAUCAUUAAACAUAAAAAGUUGUACAUUUUUUCAUAAUUGUAUUCAUAACUGUACAAGAUCUUUAGUACCAAUGAAUGAAUUUUUACUCAAUUA